CAGGGGCGUCCACCAGAAAGAAGUCCAAAACGGACGGGAACCAAGUGGCUCAAAUGUUAAACAAUGGGACACGCCCUUUUUUGUCUGUUUCUCGGAAGCCUAAACAAGCGAAGCAAAACCACUGGCUUCAAGUGUCUAGUAAAUCCCACUUCCCAGAAACAGCCUUUUUCACCGACCUCUCACCCAACCAUCUUUCUCCUUUCUCUCUCCCUCUCUCUAUAUAUAUACCCAUAUGCCUUUCACAGGCACAAGCAUCAUCAGCUAUCUUCACAUAGAGAAAAAAAAAAAGGAGAAAAAGCUCAGCCCAGAAUCGGAGAUGGCAAGCAGAACAGCUUGGAUUGUGGCAGCCAGCGUUGGAGCAGUGGAGGCUUUGAAGGAUCAAGGCUUCUGCAGAUGGAACUACACUCUGAGAUCUCUUCACCAGCAUGCCAAGAACAAUCUUGGGUCCCUCUCUCAAUCUAAGGCCCUCGCUUCUUCUUCUUCUUCUUCUUCAUCAUCUUCUUCUUCUUCGAAGAUGGGUGUGAAUACUAGUGGGGAAGAUGAGAAAAGGAAGAAGAAGACAGAGGAAACAUGGGGGAAAGUCGUGUACUUGAACUCCUGGGGUCCCCACUGAAGCAAUGGACCUCUACUUUUAAGGUGUAUUACAAGAGCGAAAAUGUAGUAGAGGGCAGAUUUUAAUGUAUACUUUCGAAAAAUUUAUCAGAUUUCAGAUUUAUUACCAGAA